AUGCUCUCUCGUGCGACCGCCGCACGCCGACUCCUGCGUUCCGCGCACCGCGCUCUCCCUCCGCUUUCAGAUCUUCCAGCCAUGGCGGCUCUUCAGAUGAACGCCGCGUCGCUCUCGAGCGCGCCGCGCGCGCUGCUGGCGAAGGAUGCCUCGUCUAAGGCUGCGUCGACCGCAUCUGCACCGUCCAUCUCGUGGCGCUCCUUCUCCUCCGGCAACCCCGCUCUUCUUGCCCGCCUCUCCCGUUCGGCCGCUCAUGCCACGUCAGCAUCGCAGCGUGCCGGCCAGAAGCCUGCCACGUGGAGCCCUGUCCGAUGCAACGCCACAACGACAGAGGCCCCCGCUUCUGAGACCUUCACGUACCAGGCCGAGGUGAAUCGGCUCAUGGAUCUCAUCGUGCACUCUCUCUACAGCCACCGCGAGGUCUUCCUUCGCGAGCUCGUCAGCAAUGCGAGCGAUGCGUUGGACAAGCUUCGGUUCCUGUCAGUGACGGAUCCCUCGCUCAUGGCGGCGGACGCGGAGCUCGCCAUCCGCAUCAAGGCGGACCCCGCUGCCGGCACCAUCACCAUCACAGAUACGGGCAUCGGCAUGACCAAGGAGGAGCUGAUGGACUCGCUGGGGACCAUCGCGCAGAGUGGCACCGCCAAGUUCGUGCAGGCCAUCAAGGAGAAGCAGGAGAAGGAGGGCGAGGUGGACAGCAACCUGAUCGGGCAGUUCGGCGUGGGAUUCUACUCCGCCUUCCUGGUGGCGGAUCGAGUCACAGUGUGCACCAAGAGCGCCAAGGGCGGCAAGCAGUGGGUGUGGGAGGCGGAGGCGGAUCAGAGCACGUACACCAUUCGCGAGGACGAUGGAGAGCAGCUUGCGCGUGGCACGUCCAUUCAGCUGCACCUUAAGGACGACCAGAAGGCGGAGUACUCAGAUCCCGCGCGCCUGGCGAGUCUGGUGAAGAACUACUCGCAGUUCAUCGGCUUCCCCAUCUACAUGUGGCAGGAGCAGACGCGCUCCAAGGAGGAGGAGUACGAGGAGGCGGCCAAGGAGGAGGGAGAGCCUCCAGUGAAGAAGACUCGCACGGUUCAGGAGAAGUACUUUGACUGGGUGCUGGAGAACGACACCAAGCCCAUCUGGGUGCGCGCCCCCAAGGAGGUGGAGCAGGCGGAGUACAACGAGUUCUUCAAAAAUACGUUCAAGGAAUUUCUGGAUCCGCUGGCCCACACGCACUUCUCAACGGAGGGCGAGAUCGAGUUCAAGUCGCUGCUCUACGUGCCCGGCAUGGCGCCCUUUGACGCCAACGACAUGUUCUCCGGGAAGACCAGGAACAUCCGGCUUUAUGUGAAGCGCGUCUUCAUCUCCGACCAGUUUGAUGGCGAGCUGCUCCCGCGCUACAUGGCCUUCAUCAAGGGAGUGGUCGAUUCGAAUGAUCUCCCUCUCAACGUCUCCCGCGAGAUCCUGCAAGAAUCUCGAAUCGUGCGCAUCAUGCGCAAGCGCCUCGUGCGCAAGGUGUUUGACAUGCUGGAUGACAUCGCCGCUCGGAAAGAUUCGGAUGGCAAGCCGAGCAGCGACUACACCACCUUCUGGCAGAGCUUCGGGCGGAACGUCAAGCUCGGGUGCAUCGAGGAUUCCGGAAACCACAAGCGCCUCGCUCCACUCCUGCGCUUCUUCUCUUCAGCCUCCGAGGAUGAACUGAUUUCGCUCGAGGAUUAUACGGGCAGGAUGAAGGACGGGCAGAAGGAGAUUUACUACAUUGCCGCGGACACGGUUCGGAGCGCGAAGUCCGCGCCGUUUUUGGAGAAGCUGAACCAGAAGGGGCUAGAAGUGCUCUUCCUGGUGGAGCCCAUCGACGAGGUUGCGGUUACCACGUUACAGAGUUACAAGGAUCUUAAGUUCGUGGAUAUUUCCAAGGAGGAUCUGGACUUGGGGGAUGAGGACGAGGCGAGCAAGCGGGAGCAGGAGAAGGAGUUUCAGGGCGUGUGUGAUUGGAUGAAGGGGGUUCUGGGAGACAAGGUGGCCAAGGUGCAGGUGUCUCAGCGCAUUGCUUCUUCCCCCUGUGUGCUGGUGGCUGGGAAAUUCGGCUGGUCGGCUAAUAUGGAACGCAUCAUGAAGGCACAGACGAUGGGCGACCCCCAGCAGGCGGAGUUCAUGAGGGGCAGGAGGAUUCUGGAGAUAAACGCUGACCAUCCGAUCAUCAAGGACCUCAAGGUGCAGAGCAGUGUGGCACCGGAUAGUCCCAAGGCGAGGCAGCUGGUGGAUCUGCUAUAUGAGACUGCGCACAUUGCCUCGGGAUUCCCGCCGGAGAACCCUGCUGAGUUUGGCUCGCGCGUGUACGAGAUGAUGGCUCUUGCCACCCCUCAAGCUGCUGCUGCCGGCCCUGCUUCACCAUCCUCUAUCCGUCAGCUUCCAGCGAGCGCAGCGACUAUCAUCGUCGCAAGCCCAAGCAUCAUGACUCUCUCACAAGUCGGCGUGCGUCCCCCAGUCGCAACCGCCACGCUACACUCACCGUCCGCCAAAACCGCCGUACGCGCCACGUCAGCCAAAUCCACGUCAUCAGCAAACGUGUGCGCAGUCAGCGCGUCGGCAAUCCCUAAGCCGCUGGAAUGGCUCGAGGUCUCUGGCAGCCCGUUCGAGCGCGGCUGUGCGAUCGGCGUGCGAUUCGGCGACAAGAUCCGCGACCGCGUCGCCAAGGCUCCGUUCCUGCACGACGACAUGAUUCCGUUCGCACGGACGGGCGAAGGAGCUUGGCUGCUGGAAAUGUUUUCCGAGUCCAAUAAGGCGCUAUACCCGGAGUACUGGGAGGAGCUCCGAGGCAUGGCGGCCGGCAGCUGCGUUCCCUUUGACGAGCUGCUGCUUCUGAACCUUCGCAAGGAGUUUGGCCCAUUUUUGCCAUCUCUCAACGCACCUGCCACGUCAGCACUGCUGCCUGAGCUGGCCUCGCCCGUUGUGGCGGGAUCUGGUGGUGGGGGCGCUGCCACGUUGGACAGGGCGCUGCAGUAUGGCAUGACGUCUGACGACUGCUCUGACGUGUUACUGUUGACGGAUGACGUGGCAGCUGUGGGGCACAACGAGGAUGCGGAUUACUCGAUUGUCGAUAACACCUUCCUGGUGCACGUGCAUGCUGACAGCGGUGUUGCCUUCACUGCAUACACCUACGCGGGCGAGCUCCCCUCUGUGGCCUUUGGCUUCAAUAACGCCAGAAUGGGCUUUUCAAUGGAUGCAGUGCCCCCAGCGCCGUCAGAAGUGGUGAAGGGAGGGAUAGGGCGCAACUUCGUUGCUCGCAGCCUUAUGGAAUCACGGUCCAUAGAGGAUGCUGUGCAGCGCGUGACUGGCCCAGCGGUGGCAGUGGGGCAUCACUACGUGCUGAUGGACUUUGCCCACCGACGAAUCGCGUCCGUUGAAACCGCAUCCCACGGCCGGCAUAGCAUCCUGGAGCUGGGCCCAAACCCCAAGCUGGGAAGCCAGGCUGACCCUAAGGGUGUUUCUGCUGGUACUGAAGAUGCUGCUUUCAAUGGUGGUGCUGCUGCUAACGGUGAUGCUGCUACAACAGCUGAAGGAACGGAAUACAUCUUCCAUGCCAAUGCGUACACGAGGCUGAAGCUGCAGGAAAAGAUGGGCCCCAGCGCGCACCGAAGAGAGGCCACUGCCCAGCGCCUGGGCGCUCCAAGAACAACCCAUGACAUGCUUAAAAUCCUAUCCAACUCGGACGACAAUGAGUAUCCCAUCUUCAAUGACGGCAAUCCCUUUGAGAUCGGAGGCCCAGUCAUCCACACGCUGCACAGCACGCUCUUCAACCUGGAUGCUGGGAAACUCAGCAUCUUCGGAGGGCGUUCCACAGAUGGCAACGUGCUGCAUGGGUUUGUUGUCUGA